AUGUAUUGGUGGACUUCUAUAGUCCAAGAGAGACUAAGAAGUAAUGGACCUUCAAUUGAAUAUUGGAAUGAUCUUAAGUCAGCCCUUAGGAGGAGACACAUUCCCUCCUACUACAAUAGGGAGCUCAUGAACAAGCUCCAAAGACUCCAACAAAGAAAUAUGUAUGUGGAAGAAUAUAGGCAGAAAAUGGAGUUACUUAUGAUGAGGGCGAGAAUAAUUGAGGAAGAGUCCAUUACCAUUUCUAGAUUCUUAAGUGGCUUAAACCUUGAUAUAAGAGAUAGAGUUGAGCUUCUACCUUACCAAGAUUUGAAUGAUUUGGUGCAAAUAUGCAUUAAGGUAGAACACCAAAAUUUGAGAAAAUCUUUUUCAAAAAGAAAUCAAGCUCAAACUAACUCUUAUGUUAAGAAGGAUUUUAAGAAAGAAGAGAAAAAGGAAGAGCCACCUAGGAAUCCAGGAAAAGGAACACUCACAUGUACUGCCACAUCUCUUGAGCUUAAGAAUCUACCUCCUAAAAUUGAAAAUCUUUUGAAAGAGUUUGAGAAUAUAUUCCUUAAGGAAGGGCCUGUUGGGCUUCCUCCCUUUAGAAGAAUUGAACAUCAAAUAGAUUUAGUGCCUGGGGCUAGUCUACCAAAUAGACCAACCUAUAGGACAAAUCCUCAAGAAACAAAGGAGAUAGAGUCUCAAGUCCAAGAGUUGUUGGAGAAAGGUUGGGUUCAAAAGAGCCUUAGCCCUUGUGUUGUGCCUGUUUUGUUAGUACCUAAAAAGGAUGGGAAAUGGAGAAUGUGUUGUGAUUGUAGAGCCAUAAAUAACAUCACCAUUAAAUAUAGGCAUCCCAUUCCUAGGCUUGAUGACAUGCUUGAUGAAUUGCAUGGGUCUCUCAUGUUUUCUAAAAUUGAUCUAAAGAGUGGUUAUCACCAAAUAAGAAUCAAAGAAGGUGAUGAGUGGAAAACCGCUUUUAAGACCAAAUUUAGAUUAUAUGAGUGGUUGGUGAUGCCCUUUGGGCUUACUAAUGCACCUAGCACAUUCAUGAGGCUAAUGAAUCACGUUCUUAGAGAGUGCAUAGGAACUGUUAUUUUCUUAGGUUUUGUAGUAAAUAAAAAUGGGGUCCAUGUUGACCCUACAAAAAUAAAGGCCAUCCAAGAAUGGCUUACUCCUAAAAAUGGCCAACACAAGCUGAAUAAAAGACAUGUGAAGUGGAUGGAAUUCUUGGAACAAUUUUCUUAUGUGAUAAAGUACAAGAAGGGCAAAAAUAAUGUGGUGGUUGAUGCCUUGUAUAGAAGGCACACUUUGUUUUCAAAAUUGGGAGCCCAAAUUCUUGGAUUUGAUCACAUUCCAGAAAUGUAUAAUCAAGAUUCUGAGUUUUCCUCUACUUAUGCUGAAUUUAUGAAAAGACAUCAAGGAGGUUUCUAUGUGAAUGAGAGGUAUUUGUUUAAAGAAGGAAAAAUUUGUAUUUCCCAAGGUUCACAAAGAAAACUCCUUGUUCAAGAAACACAUGAAAGGGGAUUAAUGGGUCAUUUUGGGGUAGAAAAAACCUAG